AUGAGUGAAGAAAACGGUUCCUUGGUCGAGUCAUCUAAAAGAAAAACAAUUUGGAAAAACCCUUAUGAUGAAAACCAGGAUAAAUAUAAAAUCAUUAGUCCGUUAAUUGAUGUAAUUGGACAUCAGAUGUACGCCAUAAAUACUUGUUACAAUGUUCAAAGUUAUAUUACUAUUACUGAAAGUGAUAUAGCACAAAACAAAGAGAUCGUUAAGGUAUCUGAUCAAGUCGCCGGGAUAUUGUUCGCUGCUGUUGGUUAUCGUAAUCAUCUGAUCGAUAUUAUUUGCUCCAUUGGUCUACUUAAUCAAGGAAUGGAGAAAUUUUUAAAGUUCUACAAUUAUUCAUCAACUCCAACAGAAUUUCUUCAUUAUGUAAAAGAUCCAAUAGAAGAUCUAAUUGAAAAAGUUACAAGGUUAGAAAAUUUUAGUAAUGAAAAUUAUAAGAUUCUUGAAAUAAACCUUCGUUCGUAUCUAGCGAAUUCUGGUUCAGAAGGAUUGGAAUUAAUGGUUAAAGAUAAUGUGGAAAAGCAACUGGAAAUAAAUAAAUUACAAAAAGAAUUGGAUGAACUUCAAGAAGAAGCAUACAAUGAUUGGAUUAAAUAUCGUGAAGAUUUCGAAAAACUUGUAGAAGAAGUUAAGACAUUAGAAUCACAAAGUGAAUCUAUUAAAGAAGAUUUGGAAGAUAUUCGAAAACAAAUAAAGGAUUUGAAUGAAGUCCGGGGAAAAUAUGAGCAAAAAUAUCAAGAAACGAAAAGUAAUAGAAAACAGUUCUUUAUUUUUUCUAAUGAUAAUAAAGUUUAUAAAGACUAUAAAAGUAAGAUGAAACAUGCAGAAGGACAAAUCGACUUAAUGAAAUCUCAAAAAAAGGAACAACAAUUAUGCGAUAAAGCUGGUACAACAUCAAUCGGAGCGGCUAUCGAACUGCUAAAGGCUAUUUCAUGCCUUACUCAACAAGAUACAAAUACAACCAGUUACUAUAAAAUUGCUUGUAAUCCCAUCCAAACUUUACUUAAAGAAAUUGAGGGACAUCUGCAAACCCUUGCAAAGCUUUCUGGUAAUAAAGAAAUUUGCGAUAUGAUUGUUAAGGAUAUUGCUGAAAAAUUGACUCUAAUUCAAUUUGUGGUUAAAAUUAUUCAACCUGCUAUAACUAAAACUUUGCAAGGCAAAAGUUUAGUUCAUUCCGAAAUUGAAGAGGGAACCAUUACAAAUUAG